GGCGGGCCCGCGCGGCGAACCUUAGCCCGCAGGGCGGUGGGGCGGCCCCCGGAGCGCGGACUGGGACCUGGACGACAGAUCAUGUGGAUCCUGGUGGGCUGGGCUGCCCUGGUGGCAGGGCUGGUGGCUGGAACACGGUGCCCAGAUGGCCAGGUCUGCCCGGUGGCCUGCUGCCCAGAUCCUGGAGGAGCCAGCUACAGCUGCUGUGACCCAGGGGUGGACACGUGGCCCACAGCCCCGAGUGGGCACCUGGGAAGGCCCUGCGAGACCCCAGCCCACUGCUCUGCGGGCCACUCCUGUGUCCUUACUGCGUCAGGAACUUCUGCUUGUUGCCCGUUCUCACAGGCUGUGGCUUGCAGGGGUGGCCUCCACUGCUGUCCGCAAGGCUUCCACUGCAGCGCUGAUGGGCAGAUGUGCAUCCAGAGACCAGGUGGCCACCUGCUGGGUGCUGUCCAGUGCCCUGGCGGUGAGUUCGAGUGCCCCGACUCCUCCACAUGCUGCCCCAUGCUGGAUGGCUCCUGGGGGUGCUGCCCCAUGCCCCAGGCCUCCUGCUGUGAAGACAGGGUGCACUGCUGUCCCCAUGGGGCUGCCUGCGACUUGGUGCACAUCCGCUGUGUCACGCCCACGGGCACCCACCCGCUGGCCAGGAAGGUCCCUGCCCAGAGGAGGAAUGGCACAGGUGCCAAAGGGACACGCAUUGGGCUGGGAGCCAUCCUGUCUCCCACCCCUCUCCCUGUGGCUCUACCCACCUCAGUCCUUUGCCCUGACACGCGAUCCCAGUGCCCAGAUGACACCACCUGCUGCAAGCUGCCCAGUGGGGAGUACGGCUGCUGCCCAGUGCCCAACGCCAUCUGCUGCUCAGACCACCUCCACUGCUGCCCCCAGGACACUGUGUGUGACCUGAAACAGAGCAGAUGCUUGUCCCACGACAAGGCCGUGGCCCUGCUGACCAAGCUCCCUGCACGGACAGUGUGGGAUGUGGAGUGUGACCAGGAGGUGAGCUGUCCGGAUGGCCAGACGUGCUGCCGCCUGCAGUCGGGUGCUUGGGGCUGCUGCCCUUUCCCAAAGGCCGUGUGUUGUGAGGACCAUGUCCACUGCUGCCCUGCGGGGUUCAGGUGCCACACGGAGAAGGGCACGUGUGAGCAGGGGGUGCUCCAGGUACCUUGGGUACCGAAGAGCCCAGCCCAUUCCAGUCUACUGAAGAGUGAUGUCUCCUGUGACAACAUCACCAGCUGUCUCCCUGGCAACACUUGCUGCCACCUCGCUUCUGGGCAGUGGGGCUGCUGUCCCACCCCAGAGGCUGUCUGCUGCGCUGACCAUGAACACUGCUGUCCCCGGGGUUAUUUGUGUGUGGCCAAGGGGCAGUGUCAGAUGAGGGACAUGUUGGUGGCUGGAUUGGAGAAGACAGCUGCCCACCUGACGUCCUUGUCUCUUGUGGGGGACAUUGGCUGUGAUCAGCACACCAGCUGCCCAGUUGGCCAGACGUGCUGCCCCCGCCUGGGCGGGGGCUGGGCCUGCUGCCAGCUGCCCCACGCCGUGUGCUGCGAGGACCGCCAGCACUGCUGCCCGGCGGGCUACACCUGCAACCUGAAGGGCCGGUCCUGCGAGAAGGUGGCCGAUGGUGCCGGCCCUGCUGCCCUCCUGGCCCUGGGCUCUGCCGGGGGGGUGAUGGACGUGGCAUGCGGCGAUGGGCACUUCUGUCACGAUGAACAGACCUGCUGUCGAAACACCAAGGGUGGCUGGGCCUGCUGCCCCUUCCGCCAGGGUGUGUGCUGCAUGGACCGGCGCCACUGCUGUCCUGUGGGCUUCCGCUGCGGGAGCAAGGGGACUAGGUGCGUCCGCAGGAAGAGCCUGAUGCGCUGGGAUGGCCCUCUGAGACCUGCCCCAAGACCGCUGCUGUGAAGAGCUGGGGACCCAAGACCCUCAGUCCUGGGACCCUGCACGGGACCCACUGCUCAGGCCUUCCCAGCCCCUCCUCUGAACCCCACUGAGUGGCCCUUCCCCAAGGGUGGGACCUUGCUCUUUACCCCUUCCACAGGGGUGGGGCAGAAGCCACCAAGCUGCCACUCCCCCACCCUGUGGCCCGGUGCUGCUCUGAGGUACGUGCGCGAGUUGUGUGUGCUCCCAUAAAGUUUAUACACUUCCUA